UUCAAUACCAUUGGAAUAAUUUUUUAAGAACAUUGUUUUUUAGUGCGACUCAAGUAUUAAUUUAUUUUAUUUAUUUAUUAAUUUUUAUUUAUUAGCAUUCGCCUAAUUUUUUUUUCCAACACUCUUUACCCAUUCUAAAUCGAAAUUCAGUCAUUGGCUAUGGUCUCUAAAAUUGAGAAUCUUUUGAUAUUUUUGAUAUCAUCGUGUUUCGUGUCUUAGUGCAUGUCUGAGACGUCAGCGUUGAGAACGGCGCUGUCACGGGAGAAAUUAAUAAGCUCUUCCCUUAAGACCACAUUGACGCACAUGGACACAUUGCACCGGAAAUUUCUUUAAACAUUGAGGGAGUUACGAAUUUGUUUUAAAGCAUAAGCUCAAUUUUAUCACUUUCUCCGUGCAGAAAAAGAGAGAAAAAAAAAUUAUCCACAAUUGUAACUUGUUAGUACAAUUUAGAAAACUAAUGUUAACUUUAUUUGGACUGAUGGAGCAAUAUUAGAUUCAACAGAAUAUUGAUCAUUUCUUUCUGUGGUAACCUGGGAAAUAUUUAAUGGUUUUUAGACAUAUAUAUCAUUGUUGAACGAUGCUUAUUAGUUCCCUAAUCCAUGAAAAUUUGCCUUUUAUCGUUUUAAGCAGUUCAUAAAUUGAGUGCAAAAUUUAAUCACUAUAUAUUACCCUUAUUUUUGUUUUGAAGAGAUUUACCAUAUUCACUUUUCCUAGAUUUUCUUCUAUCUUUCUUUCCGGUUGUUCUUCUUGACCAGUCUAAUGCAGCUUUCAAAUACUACAUCCCCAAAAAAAUAAUAUAUUAAGUUUUCAAAUUUGUAUUAAAAACAGUACAAAAUUCAAAACUAAAUAUGAAUUAUUUUUGUGAGAUGGAGACAGUAAACUAUUAUUCGAUAACUUUUGUGACGUUCAAGAAGGAGUAACAAUAAAGUUAGCUUACCUCAGGGGUGAUUUACAUGAAUUUUUUCUUUGACUUUUCUUUUUGCUAAAUGAAAUUUGGAUUUUCUCGCUUCUCUCUUCACUCAAAAUCAGGAAAGAGAACAAACAGAUGGGAUUCCUCCUCCUCCUCUUCCUCAUUCCCAUUUCUCUUCUCAUUUUUCUCGCCGUAAUCGUCCGUCCAAAGCCUUCCACCACCACAAUCCCGAUCAAAAACCGCCACGUCUUUAUCACGGGCGGGUCGAGCGGCAUUGGGCUUGCUAUGGCCCACCAAGCCGCUUUGGCCGGAGCCCAGGUUUCCAUCCUCGCCCGUGAUAAGAUACAAGAAGCCAAGGACUGGAUCAAGCUCGCAACUGGUUGUGACGUGGCUGUCUACGAAGCUGACGUCAGAGACUACGACGCCGUCUCGAGAGCCGUGAACGAUGCGGGACCCAUCGAUGUAUUGAUUUGCAACCAGGGCCUGUUUUUCGCUCGGGAGCUGGAGAGGCAAUCACUGGAGGAGAUUAAGUCAAUGAUUGAUGUGAACUUGUUGGGAACAUUUCAUUUGAUCAAGGCUGCUUUACCUGGUAUGAAGGAAAAAAGAGCCGGAAGGAGUACUCCUCGUUGUAUCGCCCUUACGUCUUCUCAGGCUGGUCAGAUGGGAAUCUAUGGAUAUGCAGCCUAUUGUGCAAGUAAGUUUGGGCUCAGGGGUAUGGCAGAAGCCCUGCAGCAGGAGAUCAUUCAAGAUGACAUUCACGUUUCACUUAUAUUUCCUCCCGAUACUGAGACCCCUGGUUUGGUUGAAGACAAAAAAAGGAGGCCCCCGAUCACCGGCGCAAUAGCAGCCUUCUCUACUCCAAUGAAAGCCGAAGAAGUUGCCAAGAAAGCACUGAAUGGGAUCCAAUGUGGUGUUUUCAAUGUUCACUGCAACUUGGAGGGAUUUUUUAUGUCCAUCAUAGCAGCUGGUUUUUCUCCACAGAGAUCAGUGUUAAUGGCAUUCAUUGAGGUGAUUGGUGCUAGCAUGGGACGCAUCAUAGCUUUGGGUUUCCAAUUCAUCUUUUACCAAAGCAUCACCAAAUUGCAUGCUCGAAAGAAAUAAGUUCACCUCCGAUGACGAACCUAGCAGGGGGAGUUAAAUAGUGGAUGGAAUACGACGUAAUUAAUUGAUGCUUUCCUUAAUCACUUAAACGUUGUAAUUUAAUGUACUAUAUUAAAUUUUAACUCUUUCAACGUACCACAAAGAAAAAAUAAAUAAAUUAAUUCC